CAAAUUAAACAAUCAAACGACAUCAAAAUCGCGUACCAGCCGGGUGUGAGUGAAUAAAUCCGAAACAAAAACGAACUAAUAAAUAGAACGAACUUUAAAACUUUUUCAGUGUAAAAAGUGAUAUUUCUAAAGUUUCUUAAUAAUUUUUACUUAAGUUAAUCUUCAUUCUUUCGGAACCAUGGGUGAGCUGGGUAACAAACUUGGCUUAAACGAACUGUCUGGAGGAGCAGCAGGGAUUAGCAAAGCACUACUUGCUGAAUUUAUAGGUAACCUGCUGCUGAAUCUGUUCGGAUGCGGCGCUUGCAUCAACAUCUCGCAAGGCUUGGACGCACCGGCUGACAUUGUACUCAUCGCGCUCGCUUUCGGCCUCUCUGUCUUCGCUAUCGUGUCUGCAAUAGGUCAUGUAUCAGGAGGUCACGUAAACCCGGCGGUCACAGCUGGUAUGGCUGCGACCGGUAAAGUGAAGCCAGCCAGAGCCGUGCUCUACGUCAUCGCUCAGUGCGCGGGCGCAGCCGCUGGCUCCGGACUCUUGAAGGCUUUCACCCCCGACACAGUGGCUGGGAAACUCGGCGUCACGGGACUGGGCAAGAAUGUGACCGCUUUGCAAGGCUUCGGUAUCGAAUUCUUCCUGGGAUUCGUGCUAGUGUUCGUCGUUUGUGGGGUGUGCGACCCGAACAAACCCGACAGCAAGUCAACGGCGCCCCUCGCCAUCGGGCUGACAGUGACGCUGGGCCACCUGCUGGCGGUGGACUACACCGGCUCCGCCAUGAACCCUGCGCGCUCCUUCGGAUCUGCUUUAGUUGCCAGCGAGUGGAGUGAUCAUUGGGUGUACUGGGCGGGCCCGGUGGCAGGCGGCGUGGCGGCUGCACUUUUAUAUGUGCAUGGCUUCUCCGCGCCCGCGCCCGACGUGCCGUCCCCGCGGUACCGACCCGUCGCCGCCGACGAGAAAGAGCUGAAACGGUUGGACGGCAAAGGCGAAGACAUGGCCUGAAGGCGAUUGCAGCGCGGCCCCCCGCGACCCCCCUCCCCUAUCUCCGUCCCCAGCGACACCCGCCCGCACCUCACCCGCCCUGCCACCUACCAACGUUACCUGUAAAUUAUUCACUUACCUGUAAGUUGUGUGAUUAUUACCUACACGAACUUACCUGUAAGUUCCGCGAUAGUAAUUAUAUCACCACUCUAAGUUUGCGAUCAUUUGAAAAGAAAUAAUAAAAUAAUAAUGAAAUAAUAAAAUAAUGAAAUUAAGAUUUACCUGUCAUUUGCGCAUUCAUACCUUAUCUGUAAGUUAUGCGAUCCUAAUCAUACUUACAAUACAAACUUACUUGUAAGUUGUUCAAUCAUUAUUUAUUACAAGCUUACUUAGAAGUUUCGCCAUCACAAGUAUACGGACUUACCGGUAACUUACGCAAUCAUAACUUACUUGUAAGAUAUAAUACAACCAUUAAUUUUACUAACUUCUGUGUAAUGCAUGAUCAUGAUUAGGUAUAGAACUUACCUGUAAGUUGCAGGAUCACAAUUAUACAAUCUUUCUUAAGUUGCGCUAUCAUCACUAUAAAAAUUUGUUAAUUAGGUAAUAACAAUUGCAGAUUAUUCCUCUCUUUUCCGUCCUACACGUGCCUUUUUGUGCUUUAUGAUGGUAUUUGAACAUUAUAUGUACCUACCUAAAUAAGCGAUUUCGUUGUAAAUCUUUUAGUGCAAACAUAAAUAUCACAAAAUGCAUAUGAAACAAAAAAAAAUAUUACCUAUAAAAAAAUUUAAACAAAUAUUUUUAUUAUAUACAAGUAAUAAAAAAAAAUAUCUAUUUAUAAGUAACUUACACAAGAAAUAAGUUAAGAAAAAACACAAUAUUUACUGCAUAAUACGUACAUUUUAUUAAUUUCUAUGUAAGGCAACGAUAUUAUAAUUUAUAAAAUAUCGUUGAUGUAAAAAAAAAUCUCUUGUUCGUAAACAAUAUAAUAUACACAAUUGGAGUUGUUUAUAACUACUUAAUAUUUUUAUUUUUAUACAAUGAAUAUUUUAGUAACCCAAUUAUUACUGUUGUAUUCAAAAAAUUGGAUCUUUACUGCCAUUUGUUAUUAUUAAUUAAGUUAUUGAAAUAUAAUAAUUAUAUAAAUAUUGUAGAUACUUACAUAUUUCUUCUAUACUCACCUAUUUAACUCCAUUCGAAAUAACCACAUUUGAAAAUACUUCCUUUUUCAUUUAAUUAAUAAAAUAGCAUAAAAUAAAAUUUCAAGAUUUUUCUACAAUAAUAAAUAAAUACUACAAAGUAGGUAUUUUAAUAAGGAUUUAAAUUAUUAUUAUUAUUGACACAAAUAGAAUGUAGAUUAUGACGUCAUUAUUAAUAAUGGUAAUAUUUAGUAAAUUACUUUUCUAAGCACAAAAAAUUGUUUGUUUUUUUUAAAUAUAAAAUGAAAAAUACAAAGGAUGUGUUCAUAAUUUGGAAUUUAUAAAGACCAUUUUACCUUUUUACAAUCUACCUACGAAUUUUUUUUAAAUCUAAAAAAAGAUUAGAACAUUUUGAACGCUAUACUAGCUAUCUUAGCGAAAAACAAAUUAUGCGAGUAUGUUCUGAUAAGUGUAGAACAAAAAUGUUGAAAUUAUUUUGAAAAAAUCUGUUAUUCUUCGAUGGUUUCAAUUUUGUAAUCUGUAUUUUCAUAAGAAUUAAGAUUUAUUGUUCAAUAUUUUGUUCAAUUCUAAUGUAAACAUUACAUUUUUAGUAACUUAUACUUUACGAGAAAACGGAAAUAUAUAAACUUGUAUGUGUCAAUGUUUGUGUUCUAGACUAAGUUCAAUAAAUAUAUUUUACUACUCAA